UUAAUUUAGUUUUUGUAAAUACAUAUUCUAACAAAAUGGAAAGAAGUUUUCUAAGAAUAAAUUAAAAGAGGUAUCAACGUGAAUAAAUAAAUAUGGAAGGGAAGAGAAUAAUAUGUAGUUGCCAUUUUUCCUCCUAGAAAAUUUAUAUACAGUACUAGUAUAAUUUCAAAGAAACCCGAACAUUUGUUUAUUAAAAAGGAAAAAGAAGAACAAAUAUAUCGGGACGGAGUGGCAUUUUAGUAAAUUCGAUUAAAAUAUUCCUAAAUCGUAUUCCUUAUCGGACCGAUUCGCAACGCCAUCACCUCCUAACAACUCCUUCACUCGUCUGUCGUUCUGUCUUCCGCAAUGUCGGCAACUGCCACCCGCAUCCGCCGCCUCGCCGCCGCAGCAGUAGCAGUUACCGCAUGUGGUGGCGCAAUCCUCUUACCUCCCUCUGUAUCUUCCAAUGACCGCGGCGGUGACCCCGCCGUAGAGUCCGUGAGGCGGAUGAUCAAUGACCAGAACGCCGUCGUUCCGUCGCGAACUGUCCAGGAAUCGGCUCUGAUUGGUGCGAGCUCGGCUAAUACUCUCGAUAUCCUAGUCGUUGGCGGCGGUGCCACUGGCUGCGGCGUUGCUCUGGACGCCGCCACUAGAGGCCUCCGUGUCGGCCUUGUCGAGCGAGAGGAUUUCUCGUCCGGAACGUCUUCGCGGUCCACGAAGCUAAUUCAUGGAGGGGUCCGCUACUUGGAGAAAGCUGUCUUUAACCUUGACUAUGGACAGUUGAAGCUGGUUUUCCAUGCACUUGAGGAGCGUAAACAAGUUAUUGAGAAUGCACCUCAUCUCUGCCAUGCCUUGCCAUGCAUGACACCCUGUUUUGAUUGGUUUGAGGUAGUAUACUACUGGAUGGGCUUGAAAAUGUAUGAUUUGGUCGCAGGACGGCGUCUGUUACAUUUGUCCAGAUAUUAUUCUGCGCAAGAAUCUGUUGAGCUCUUCCCUACUCUUGCAAGGGAGGGUAAAGAUAAAAGCUUGAGGGGUACAGUUGUGUACUAUGAUGGACAGAUGAAUGACUCACGUCUGAAUGUUGGAUUAGCUUGCACUGCUGCACUAGCUGGGGCGGCAGUGCUUAACCAUGCAGAAGUUGUAUCCUUUCUUAAAGAUGAAGGUACCAAGCGGAUAAUUGGUGCUAGAAUUCGUGACAAUCUGUCAGGCCAAGAGUUCGAAACCUAUGCAAAAGUUGUUGUGAAUGCGGCUGGACCAUUUUGUGACUCCUUAAGGAAAAUGGCUAAUAAGGAUGCACAACCUAUGAUAUGUCCUAGCAGUGGUGUACAUAUUGUUCUCCCUGAUUACUAUUCUCCAGAAGGAAUGGGCUUGAUUGUCCCUAAAACUAAGGAUGGACGCAUUGUUUUCAUGCUUCCAUGGUUGGGGAGAACUUUAGCUGGCACUACAGAUUCUAAUACUUCCAUCACUCCACUUCCAGAACCGCAUGAGGAUGAAAUUCAAUUUAUACUUGAUGCCAUCUGUGAUUACCUUAAUGUCAAGGUACGACGCGCAGAUGUUCUUUCUGCCUGGAGUGGUAUUCGUCCGUUGGCAGUGGAUCCUAAAGCAGAGAGCACUGAGAGCAUCUCUAGAGAUCAUGUUGUUUCUGAGGAUUAUCCUGGUUUGGUCACAAUCACUGGUGGAAAGUGGACUACUUAUCGAAGCAUGGCAGAAGAUGCAGUUAAUGCAGCUAUCAAGUCUGGCAAUCUGAGCCCAAGAAAUGAAUGUAUAACAAGCAACCUACAGCUGAUUGGUGGAGAUGGAUGGGAACCUUCUUUUUUUACUGUUCUUGCUCAGCAGUAUGUACGCAUGAAGAAGUCAUAUGGUGGUAAAGUUGUUCCUGGGGUGAUGGACACAGCUACUGCAAAGCAUUUGUCUCAUGCAUAUGGCACCUUAGCAGAACGAGUAGCCAUCAUAGCACAGAAUGAAACUCUGGGUAAGAGGCUUGCUCAUGGGUACCCUUAUCUGGAGGCUGAGGUUGCAUACUGUGCUCGAAACGAAUACUGCGAAUCUGCUGUUGAUUUCAUUGCUAGGAGAUCUCGCCUUGCUUUCCUGGACACUGAUGCAGCGGGCCGUGCGUUGCCACGCGUUAUCCAAAUACUUGCUAAUGAGCACCACUGGGAUAGGACAAGACAGAAGCAAGAAAUGCAGAAGGCUAAAGAAUUUUUGGAAACUUUCAAGUCUUCAAAGAAUGCACAGUUCCAUGAUGGGAAGCACAAUUCGUGAGUAUAGUGAGUAUUAUUAUGGCCAAGGGUAAAAAAUUCACUUGAACCAUAGUUCAAUAAUCAUUUGAAUCUUUAAUAUUUUAUUAUAAUCAGUCAAGCUUUUAUAUUUUAUUUUAAUUCAAUUGAAUCCUUAAAUGGAUGAAAUUUAGUUAUGUGACAAAAUUUAAUUAAUCAAU